AUGUCCUAUAAACAAAUUCUCUACAACAAAGCGCCCGCGCCCUCCAUCGACCCAACCCUCAACACCGGCACCUUCCGCCUAAACACCACCCCGCGCCCCACAAAUGUCCCAUCAGACAAGCUGCUCGUGCGCGUGCACUACCUCUCCCUGGACCCAGCCAUGCGCCAAUGGCUCACCGCCAAACGCUCCUACAUCGCGCCCGUCGAGCUCGGCGCCGUAAUGCGCGGCCAAAGCAUCGCCCAGAUCGUCACGGUCGGCAGCAGCCUAACCUCGACCUUCAAAACCGGCGACUGGGUCGUCGCCUACUCCGGCUGGCAAGAAUACGCCCUGAUGGGCGCCAAGGAGGUGGAGAAGGUCAGCCUGCCGGCCGGCGGCCGGCCCACCGACGCAAUGUCCGUGCUGGGCAUGACCGGGCUCACGGCGUACUUCGGUAUGCUGGAGGUUGGACAGCCCAAGGCUGGCGAGACGGUUGUGGUCUCGGGCGCUGCGGGCGCAACGGGCAGCAUUGCCGGCCAGAUCGCGAAGAUUAAGGGCGCAAAGAGGGUGGUUGGGUUGGCGGGGAGUGAUGAGAAGUGCGAGUUCUUGGUUAAGGAGCUUGGGUUUGAUGUUGCGAUCAAUUAUAAGGAUCCGCAGUGGAAGAAGCAGUUGAAGGAGGCGACGCCCGAGUAUAUUGAUGUGUUCUUUGAUAAUACUGGUGGCGAGAUUUUGGAUGCGUGUCUUGCGCGCGCGGCGCGCGAUUCGCGGUUUGUGAUUUGUGGUGCGAUUAGCCAGUAUAAUGCGGCGAAGCCGCAGGGGCCUACGAGCUUUAUGAAUGUUAUUUCGCAACGUGUUACUGUGAAGGGAUUUAUUGUGUUUGACUAUGCUAAGAAGUAUGGGGCUGCGUUGCAGGAGCUGGCUUCUUGGCUUUCGCAGGGUAAGUUGAAGCGCAAGGAGCAUAUUGUGCCGGGAGGGUUGGAGGGAGCGCCACAGGCGCUUGUUGAUCUGUAUGCUGGUGUGAAUACUGGCAAGAUGAUGGUGGAGGUUGCGCCGGUUAGCGAGGCACUGGGAUUGAAGGCUAAGCUUUAG